AUGGCUGUUUCUGUCAUGGAUUGUGAUAGUUUAGGCCCUCUAGAAUACUGGAAGGUACACUGGAAGGAACAAGUGAAGUCUGUAGGAGAGAUUUCUCAUCCCAAUUUGGUCAAAGUUUUGGGUUAUUUUUGUGACGAUAACAAAUCACUCUUCUUGGUUUUCGAAUACUUGCACAAAGGAAGUUUGGACUAUCACUUUUAUGGAAGUAAGAUCUCUUCUAAAUAA